UGUAAGCCAUCAUAGAAUACAAUGUUUUGCGUUUAUUUUAAUAACCUAUUACUUUCUUGUUUAUAAGCUUGUGUUACAAGUUGUAAAUGUUACAGGGUGUUUUAUGGCUGAGUGAUUGAUCGUGUGGAAGAAUGGUAGAAGAACAUCUCUUGAAACCUCCACAAGAGUUCGCCUUUCCAUUUUCACCGUACUCAAUUCAACAUGAGUUCAUGUCAGCACUAUAUUCAACUCUUGAGGAAGGAAAACUGGGCAUUUUUGAAAGCCCCACUGGAACCGGAAAAUCAUUAAGUAUAAUCUGCGGGUCUUUGCGCUGGCUGUAUGAUCAUCUUGCCAGAGAAAGAAAUGUACUGGAGUCACAAAUACAGGCUUUGAAGAAGAAGGAAACACAAAUUGAAGAUGAAGGAGACUGGAUAAGUGGCCAAUCACAGAAGCUGGAGGCCGAAAGAGAACGAAGAAAACUGGAGGAGCUUCUCAAACUAAUGACUGAUAAAGAGAAUGAAAUGAAAAAGAUGAAAGAAAGAGUGAAAAACAAGGAGGGAAACACUAAAGAGUUGAGAGAAUUCAAUAAAAAGUCACAACUUCAGAAAAAUGAUGAUGAUGUCUUGCUUGAUGAUGAAGACCUCUUGUUGGAAGAUAUUGAAGAUGGUAGUAAAAAUGAAUGUGACAGUGAUAAUGAAAUCGAUAAUAACAAAGAUGAAGAAAAUUAUCAGGGAAUCCAAAUCAUAAUCUGCAGCCGAACACAUUCACAACUGUCCCAGUUGGUAAGGGAGGUGGCACGCAGCCCUUACGGUGAUGUGAGACUGAUACCUCUUGCCUCUCGUCAGAGCUACUGUAUCAACUCUACUGUGCGCAAACUCAAUAAUCUCAGUCUUAUUAAUGAAAAGUGUUUAGAUCUGCAAAGAGGCUCAAAGGGGAGGAAAACCAAGGUUGAUGAUGCUGGAGCCACAGUUAAGAAGACUAAAGGAUCUUGUAGUUGUCCUCAUAUGAAAGUAUCACAGAAUAUUACACAACUGAGUGAGGAAGCCUUGACUACUGUCCAAGAUGUUGAAGCUUUGGUAGACAAGGGGAGCAAGAUCUCAGCUUGUCCGUACUAUGCUACCAGAGCGGCUGUCACUAAUGCACAAGUGCUGGUAGUGCCGUACAAUACUCUGCUGCACAAAGAGACCAGAGAGGCCUGUGGGCUGCGGCUGAAGGGAAGUGUUGUUAUCAUCGAUGAGGCUCACAACCUUCUGGAUUCCAUAGCCCAGGUGUACAAUGCGCAGGUCUCAGGUUAUCAGCUAACACAUGCAUACAGUCAGCUGGUGCAGUACCGAGACAAAUAUAUGAAGCGCUUCAGUGCUACCAACCUUCUAUACUUGGAACAGCUCAUCUUUGUUGUAGGAAGACUUAUACAUAUACUGGGAGGGAAACCUGGGUGUCCACCCAAUGAGGGCUCUGCCAGAGUUGUGGACACUAAGCUCUACUCCCUUGGCUUGUUCUUGUUGGAAGCCCAGAUAGACAACAUCAACCAGUUUAGACUCAUUCAAUUUGCACAACGCAGCAAACUCUCUCACAAGCUUCAUGGUUUCACAGAAAGGUAUCAGCCUUCAGUGAACAUUACACCGAAACCUGCUCCUCAAAGUGGUAUUAGAGCUUUCCUUAAAGAGAUAUCGACAAAGAACAAUAUUCCUGAACCAGUUACAUCCUCGGAACCGGAACAGCGCCUCAGUAACAAUCCGAUCCUUCCAGUCAUUGCAUUCCUACAGGCCCUGACCAGUUCGUGUGCGGAUGGCCGAGUGGUAUGCUGCACUCAGCCAAGCGUGGGGCGAGGCACACUCAAAUACCUGCUUCUCAACCCAGCUGCUCAUUUUGCUGAUAUUGUGCAACAAGCCAGGAGUGUGGUGGUUGCUGGAGGAACCAUGCAACCAGUCUCAGAGUUCCGGGAACAGCUAUUUAUGGCUGCUGGAGCCGAUGUUGAGAAGAUCACUCAGUUCUCCUGUGGUCAUGUUAUACCUCCUGACCACAUCCUGCCCAUCGUUCUGUGCUCUGGUCCCACUGGCAAGCCUUUCGAUUUCUCCUACCAAAACCGCAACUGUGUUACAGUGAUGACUGAAUUUGGUCGUAUAUUGGACAACAUAUGUAACAUUGUACCUGGCGGUAUAAUAUGUUUCUUCUCUUCAUACGACUAUGAACAAACAGUAUACCAGCACUUCGUCAAGUCUGGGACAGUAGAUAAACUGUCCGCUAAGAAGAAGGUAUUUAGAGAGCCACGUAAGGCUAAUCAAGUAGACCAGGUUCUUUCUGAUUUUGCUGCAUCUAUAAAUAAUGCCAAGAAAAAUCCCCAGGUCAAGCCUAAUGGAGCACUUCUCUUCAGUGUUGUUGGAGGCAAGUUGAGUGAAGGGCUGAACUUUAGUGAUGACCUAGGAAGAUGUGUAAUUGUAGUGGGAAUGCCAUAUCCUAAUGUCAAGAGUCCAGAACUUCAAGAGAAAAUGAGUUACCUUGACAAAACUUUGGGUGGUAAUGCAGGACAGCAGCACUAUGAGAACCUGUGUAUGAAAGCUGUCAACCAGUGUAUUGGCCGUGCAGUGCGACACAGUGCGGACUACGCGACGGUGUUGUUGCUGGACCAACGGUACGAGCGACCUAGCACGCAGAAACUGCUGCCUGCCUGGAUACAAACCUCACUGCAACUGCAUCAGAAGACAGGACCUGCUAUCGGUACCAUUGCCAGGUUUUUUUCUUCUAAAAGAGCCAAGGACACAGGACUAUAAAUCGCCACAUAUUUCAUACCUUAGUAAUAUAUUGUCUAUUUACUCAUAAAGUAUUCUAUAGAUAAUUAAAGACGUAUUUGUAACACUAUUAUUUACAACUAGUCACCACUCCACAAACUCACAUAAUGGUGGAAUUAUUUUACAUUUGCAUUAUUGUUUAGUUUUCACUUGUUUUCUAAAUUGUUACAAAUAAAUUUUUCAAUAUCUUCCACUUUUUUAAAUUUUCUCUGUUCUGUAGCUAUUAUUAAUCAUGAAGCAUAAGUGUAACAUGCAAUAUAAUGUAAUAUUAUGAAUUAUAAAAAUUGUAAUUAGCUCUCUCGAAUCAACAGGUAAAUAAUUAUUGGUGCUACUUUGUACAAUGCAUGUGUUAUUUAUUUAUAGUUUUAAUUUUACAAUACACUUUUUUACUUACA